UUUCAAACUUUAAGGGCCUAUUCAGAAUUUUCAAGAACUAUGGGGUGCAGGCUGAGGCAGUGAUGCCACUUACUAAAAUCGUGGGUACAAAAAAUGUAUAACUUUCCAAGAAGAGGCUUCAGAGGAUCCUCUUGCACGCAGCAAUGGAAGCUGAGAAGAGGGUUGCGUCCAGCAAGAAAGCCGAAAAUAACAGAGACAAGAAGAUGACGAGAAAAGAGAUACUGGAAAAGAAGAAGAAAGUGCAAGAGAUAAUCAAAGCUGCUCUUUCUGAGAAAGACCCUCUUUCUUCCUUUCCAUCUUUUCACCAUUACAGCACAAAGGAUUUGUCUGUGUACUUGGACUCUGGACGCGGAGAUUACCUCUCUUCUUCAGUAAAGCAGUAUAUUCAAUACCUCCUCAAGGUGAAUAUGGAGGUGGCAUAUGGAACAGAAUGGCCUAAAGAAGAGAAAGUAAAGCGCAGGGAGAUGGUUUCUUCUGAAGCUCGUUAUAUAUUUGUCUAUGAAACCGUAAAUGCGGAUGCCAACAUUAUGUUCAAAUUAUCAAAGAAAGGAAGGAGUAAUGCAGACGGUACGGAUGAUAAGGGUCAUCUUGUGGCUUUUGUACAUUAUCGGUUCACCAUCGAGGAAGAAAUUCCUGUUCUUUAUGUGUAUGAAUUACAGCUUGAGCAACGUGUUCAGGGGAAGGGGUUGGGAAAGUUCUUAAUGCUGCUAAUUGAGCUGAUUGCUCAGAAGAGCAAAAUGAGUGCCUUGGUGCUAACUGUCCAGAAGGCAAACAUGACGGCAAUACACUUUUAUAGGAAUAAGCUAAGGUACCUGAUAUCUACCAUGUCACCUUCACAGAUGGGAUUACAGUCAAAUUAUGAGAUUCUUUGCAAGUCAUUUGAUUCUGAAACUAAAGCUGUACUAGAGGUGUGCAAUCCCUUUUCCCUUGUAUUAAAUAUCAAACCAAAGAGGACUCAAAUAAGAUUUGACAUCUCACAUGCACUCAAAAUUCUCCCAAGAAUUCAUGCAUCCGAUUACUGUAUCAACUGGUAAUGCUUAAAUUCUAUUGUAGGAGUAUUAUGCCAAAAUUUUCUAAACUGUUGCUGCUUCAUUCAAUCAGUUACUAGGCACUCUUGUGGAUUAAAUCUGAAUACAUGUAAAACUACUGAAUGCUGCAGAUGAAGUUUCUCACAUGGAACAAACUACAGUCUAUGUUAUGGUCAAGGUUCCAGUUCUGUAAUUUCUUUUCGGUUCAAUGAUCGAAAAUUUUCUUUUUCUCUCU